AUGGAGUACCAGGUAGCAUACUGUCAAACAGGGACAGCCGAUUUACCUCAAAUUUUUGGAGAAGUGUUCAAGAAGCGAUGGGUUAUCAAGCUUCCAUCGUCAUGGCUCUGUAUGAAGCGUUAUAUGGAAGGAAAUGCAGAUCACCAGUUCAUUGUGCAAAAGAUUCACAGAAGAUUAGAAACAACUCAAAGCCGGCAGAAGAGGUAUGCAGAUAAACGCCGAAAACCCUUGGAAUUCUCUGUAGGGGACUCCGUAUUUCUGAAAGUCGCACCAAUGAAGGGUGUGAUGUGUUUUGAGAAGAAAGGUAAGUUGAUCCCACGUUACAUAGGACCUUUCGAGAUGAUUGAAAGAAUAGAGAAGGUAGCUUACCGAUUAGCUCUGUCGCCAAACUUGGCUUCAGUGCACAAUGUGUUUCAUGUAGCAAUGCUCUUGAAAUAUAUCUCAGAUCCAUCACAUGCGUUACAGUAUGAGCCUAUUCAGAUCCGCGAAGAUUUAUCCUAUGAGGAGCAACCAGUUCAAAUUUUAGCACAAGAAGAGAAGAAACUCAGAAGUCGUAGCAUCCCAAUAGUUAAAGUUCAAUGGAAAAAUCACAGUGUCGCAGAAGCCACUUGGGAAGUGGAAGAAGAAAUUGGACAAAAGUGCCCCCAUUUGUUCUAA